AUGCAAGAGCCAAGAUUCAUCGGGAACAAAGUUUUAGUCACUAAGGCUCGUUGGAUUCUACUGGAUGGCCAUAUAGAAAUGGUCCGUGACAAAUCUUCAGUAAACGUCAAUGGCGAUUCUUCCUACAGAGACACAUUCAGCAGCUCAGCGGUCAAAUAUAGCCAACCGGCGGUCAUAACAACAGUCACUCGGCAGAAGUCUCAAAGUCACGUUGGAGCCAACAAGCGGGCGGUAGCGGUUGUAUUUCAGUAA